UCAGAAUUCUGAAACUUGAGUCGGCCAUGGAUCUUCUCUGCAACGCGUACUCUGCUGCUUCAGACGAAGACGAUGAACCCGAUCAUGGAAGACCCGUAUUGCCUCCGUCGAAGCGACCGAAACCCCAGAACCCUCUUCCAAUCACGAAGCCUUUGCCCUUAUGUCGUUCGACCCACAACCCGAAUCUCCCCACCGAAGCUCCUCUUCCCGGCAGGUACAUAUCGAAGAGAGAGCGAGCAGUCUUGGCUUCGGUUCCGACGACUCCAAACCUUAUCCCGCCAAUUCCAGUCACCACAUCACCUGUCGUGGGAAGUAUUUCAUAUUCAGAUCUACCAUAUGAUAUUCUGUCAUCAUUGAGGCAUCAAACAAAGGGCCGUCCAUGGCUUGGCCAGAUGUCUGAAAAACUGUAUACAACUCUUAAUUGCCACAAAAAUGCCGUCACUUCUUUAAAAUGGUCAAGCAGUCACGCUCAUCUGCUUGCGUCUGCGGGAAUGGAUCAUAGCAUCUGCAUAUGGAAUGUGUGGAGCAGAGAUCAUAAGAAAGCUCGCGUCUUUAACCAUCAUAAUGCAGCUGUGAAAGAUGUGAAGUGGUCACAGCAUGGACUGUUCUUGCUCUCUUGUGGGUAUGACUGCUCAUCAAGGUUAAUUGAUGUUGAAAAGGGAUUAGAGGCUCAGGUUUUCAAGGAGGAUCAGGUUGUUGGAGUCGUAAAAUUUCAUCCAAACAACUCCGACCUAUUUCUUUCUGGUGGUUCAAAGGGCCUCAUUAAAUUAUGGGACAUUAGAAUUGGGAAGGUGGUCCAUGAAUAUAGACGAGGUCUUGGUCCAAUCCUUGAUGUAGAAUUCACCACUGAUGCAAAGCAAUUUAUUUCUUCCUGUGAUGAAUCCAAAGGCAAUAUCAGCGAAAAUUCAAUCAUUGUUUGGGAUGUCUUGCGGCAAGUUCCACUAUCUAAUCAGGUUUAUGUGGAGGCGUAUACUUGUCCAUGCAUUAGAACCCACCCUUUUGAUCCAUAUUUUGUCGCUCAGUCAAAUGGAAAUUACAUUGCAAUCUUCUCUUCCAAACCGCCCUUCAAGCUUGACAAGUACAGGAGAUAUGAAAGCCAUGGCGUUUCUGGGUUCCCUAUAAAGUGCAAUUUCAGCCUGGAUGGAGAAAUAAUUGCCUCUGGCUCCUCGGAUGGAUGCAUUUACUUUUACAACUCUAAAUCCUCUGAGCUUAUGAAAAAAAUCAAGGCAUAUGAACAAGCUUGCAUGGAUGUUGCUUUCCAUCCUGUCAUGCCUAAUGUGAUUGCUUCAUGUAGUUGGAAUGGAGAUGUCUCGGUGUUUGAGUAUCGAGAUCGUUCAAUCAUUUGCAAACUAAAGGGCAUUGGUUAAAGAGGUUUUAUGUGGUCGAAAAGACUUGAACUUAAGACACGAACCCGUGCCUUUGUUCAAUCGCUUAACCAGCCUGUAUGUGUUGCUUCCAUGGUGGGGUUGUAUUACUAUAUCAUAAUACAAUGCCAUGUUGUAUUAGUGUAAGUUACAAACAUUCAAUGAAAGUAAUCGCAAAAGCUUCUUUAAGUUAUAUAGCUGGAAGAAAUUGGUAGUUAGGAGUUGCAUCUCAGAAA